AUGGACUUCAACCUAGUGCCUCGCGGCACUGAUCGAAACUACACGGGAUUCUUCACAAAGACAAUCGUCUACUCCGCGACGCUUGUCAUAUUCCUCGCUUCAUUCGGUCUAACACUUUCCUCGAUCAUCAUCCCAAAAUGGGUCAGCUAUCACAGUGAAAAGCCCGCCCACCAUUACUCCUACGGUCUCCACCACCGAUGCUCCUCCCUAACGGAUACCUGCGAAAGCUUCCCCCAGCGCGAAGAUUGCCAUGGCGAAGAUCGAUACUUCUGCUCGAUGUGGCGGUCUGUCGGGUUUCUGAUGUCCUUUGCCGUCGUGCUGGAGGGUAUGAGCAUUGUCGCAUACCUGGUUAUUCUCUCUGGCGGGAAACGGCUGCGUGAGAAUGGGUGGGGUGUUCUCAGUUUACUGGUUCUGACGUCAGUUGUUGUGCAGGCGGCCAGUAUGUCGAUAGUGGCAUACCUGUUCGAUAACGAGGAUCGCUUCUUUGUUGGCUGGAAACUGGACCAGUCUUGGAUCUUUUGCACUGUCAGUUGUUGUAUUGGCCUUUUCUGCGCGGGCGCGGUUAUUGUGGCUGCCAAGGUCCUUCCUUCUGAGGGUGGGUAUGAGUUGAUUCCUGAUCAUGAUGAGCUUAGCGUCUCUUAA